CACUGCAGGGUACAAACACCGUCGCAUCGGAGAGCUAAAUACAAUCCUAUUAUUAAUAUCUUAACAUCCUCCUGUUUACGAUUUGUGAUACCUUUACCCGAAUAAUCUCGUUCUUUAAUUAUUAUUAUUAUUAUUAUUAUUAUUAUUAUUAUUAUUAUUAUUAUUAUUAUUAUUAUUAUUAUUAUUAUUAAUAAUAAUAAUAUUCUCCACAAUGGCACUCGACGUUCACGGGCAGUCUUGCAAACUUUUGCUGGAGUUUUUUAACAUAAUUUUCGCGAUGGUUGGCUUCGGGAUGGUGUCGCUGGGUUUGUGCGGCUCACAAACCUGCGGGUUUUUCAAUCUCGAUCUCAACUCUCAGAUGUUAAUUAUCGGUGUGUUUGCUGCAGGAGCUCUGAUGUUGCUGGUGGCUAUAGUGGGACACGCUGGAAUGUACAGCGAGUCCAGGGAGGCACUGGAAAUAGUCUCGGUUCUCCUGGUGGUUCUGUGCGCAGCUGAGAUCGGUGCUGGAGUCCUGGCCUUCGUCAACAAGGAUAAGGUGGCACGCAGUCUUUCAACGCUCUAUAAAACGGUCUACAUGCAGUACAUGAACAAGAGAGAUCAAAGGCAGGCCAUCGCCCUGCACAUCUUCCACUACGGGCUGAAUUGCUGCGGGAUGGGCGGACCGCUGGAACCCUUCGUUCGGGACACCUGCCCGAAAAAAUCCGAAUUCUGGGAUGUACUAAACACCUCGUCCUGUGUCACCGCUAUCUCCAACCUGUUUGACUCCAACGCUCCGAUAGUUUGGGGGUUCUUCAUUGGAAUCGCUGUGCUCCUGAUCGUGGCUUGUUAUUUGUCUCACUCCAUUCUUGUAAACGAGGAUCCUCGCUCCUAGAUUAUCCUGCAAUAACCCAACACACUGGAAGUGGCUGUCUCUCCUUCAUCUGGCUCCCAGUUUAAUCCACUGCCCGCUGCUUUGGUUUAUUAAGAGACACCCCUACCCUACCUCGCCUCCCCCCCACCCCACCCCUUGUCUCUCUCUCUCCUCCCCUAUUCAUGUAUUAUUAUUAACCUGCAACACUCUGCUGCCCCCUAGUGGAGGGGAGAAGUACAGCAGUAAGAACAUAGGCAAGACCAAAACUAGAAAUCGAAACAUUUUGAACAUGAUUUUUCUUUCAAAGACGUUGAAAGAAAAAAUGCAGCUGGAUAUUUUCGUGUGUCGGUUUAGUAUAAAACCGAGCACAGCAUUAAAAAGGGGACCAAAAAAAAUAAAAAAUAAAAAACCUUCCACAAAGUUAUAGUUUAUUUUCUAUUUUAAAUAUCUAGCAUUCUCUUACUCCUUUUUUUGUUCAGUAUUUGAACUACAGCUGGGAACAGAUUUAAAUAAAUAAAAACUGUUAUGAUAAAAUGUGUGUGAUUUCAUUUACUUUACUUCCAUUUAUAUUCAUGUAUAAAGACUAGACUUGGGUUAAAUUGCAAUUGUGUAAUCAAUUGUUGUAAUUAUGGGCAGGAGUGUGGAGUAGUGGUCAGGGCUCUGGACUCUUGACCGGAGGGUCGUGGGUUCAAUCCCAGGUGGGGGGGGGGACACUGCUGCUGUACCCUUGAGCAAGGUACUUUACCUAGAUUGCUCCAGUAAAAACCCAAACUGUAUAAAUGGGGAAUUGUAUGUAAAAAUAAUGUGAUAUCUUGUAACAAUUGUAAGUCGCCCUGGAUAAGGGCGUCUGCUAAGAAAUUAAUAAUAAUAAUAAUAACAUAGAAA